AAACAUCUGAUUCGGGGGUGUCGUAUUCACUGGCCGUCACCCUCACGCUUGAAAUGUCACUGACUGUAAACAAAAGAUUUUACUUGUUGCCGGUACUUUGGAAAGCGCCCCAUUUUCAGCCAGUCCUUCUCUUGUUUCGUCAAAAUUGCGUGCACAAGUGCGUAGUGUGCGUGCGGAAAUGGCAGCCUACGAGCAGCUUUGGGAUGUUUCCUACGAAUAUCUAGAAAAGCAUGCUGUGUUCGUCAAUGCUAUUACAAACUUAAUGCUGGAAAAGGCAAGACAUCUUCGCCACUACAUCUUCGGCAAUGGCUUGGAUAAGAGGGCUGUCUUUCAGGAAGACUUUAAAGCAGCACACGAUGAGCUUCAAAAAAUGACCAAAACGCUGCAAACGGUAGUGAACGAUUGGAAAGAUUUGUUUGCGGAUGAAUCGGCUAGCCUUUGCAAGCCGAAUGCAACAGUCCCGCUGCAGACAGCAGAACUGCACAAUGACUUAACGGUCGAAUACAUCAAACCGACGCUGGACUACGCAACGAAUCAAAACAUUAAGCUUGUAGUGACUUACAUCCCGCCAUCAUCUGCCGAACCCGGCACGUUUUAUGCAAUGGACGAAUCGCGGAAGAACGAUUUCCGGGACAGCUUAAUGCCGAUGCAAAAGGCGGUCAAAACGCUAUUGAACCAAACUCCCUCGCCCGGUGUGAUGUUUCUGGUUUAUCUCGACAGUCUAUGGCACCGCGUGGUUUGCCAUGCGUCUACGGAUGACAAAAACGCACUAGAGCUGUAUCUGCUAGACUUGGGCGAAACACUGCCGUACGAGGAGCUUUUGCCGAAAGCGAUACUGCCGGCCGAGUUUUGCAAGCUACCGGCAUUUGCGAUCAAAUGCGCCCUUGCGCCAAACCAACCGGGAUCGCUGCCCUUUAAACAGUACGAUACCGUGGACUGCAAGGUGGUGGCGGUUCAAAAUGAUCUACUAGUGCUGCAGCACGAAGCAGGAGGGCAGGAAGCACCACAGUAUGCCAUUACCAGGGACACAUUCACGGAGGCCGAGCUGGAACAGCUCGAUGACAUAUCCAGCAGCACAACCAACGCCAUGAAAGCCGUGCUCGGGUACAUACCGAAGGAUGACGAAGUACUCUGCAAACACUACGAUCCGGAUACGAAGGGCUGCUUCAAGGGCGGGAGCUGCCGGUUUCGGCACGCACCAAAAGACCCGGACGGUUGGACGGUCGAGAAGGAUACGGUUUCGGUGACGAUACCGGCGCAGAUGGAAAUACCGCUCCCGAACACGUACAUUACGCUGUACCCGACCUGCAUCGUCGAUGUGGACCUGUUCUAUGCGCAUAUAGCCGGGGACGAGGAAAACUACCGCCGGUACGAGCAGCUGAUGGCGGAAAUGAAUGAUCCGGCGGUGGUGGCCAAUUAUAAAACGCUUAAGCUAGCGCCAGCGCUCGGUGAACUGGUCAUUGCCAAGUACGACGAUGUGUGGUUCCGUGCGGUCGUGUGCGACGUGUACGACGCUAAGGUCAGCGUGUUUUACGUCGAUUACGGCAAUACGGCGACGGUCGGAACGAACGAAGUGCGCCGCUGGGAGGAACGUUUCAAGUACUUGCCGUAUCAGGCGGUGUGCUGCCGAAUCGCCAACAUACAGCGCCUCAAACCGUGCCUUCUGGAGGGGAUUCAGCAGCUGCAAGAGUACAUCUUGGAUCAGUACAUCAAAACGCUGAUCGUCGACAACAAGCACCCGUGGGAAGUGAUAAUGUAUGGGCCCGACGGUGACGACAUCGGGAAAAGGUUGGUCAUGAGCAAAAUGGCGCUUCCGCGAAAGCCGGCUAAAUUUGACGACGACUCGUACAUCCCCGGUUGAGGAAAAGUGUAAAUAUGGUCCCUUCCGCUCGUGCUGUUCGAUUGAUUGAAUUAGUUUAUUUCGUAUCGUUUUGUUUUUUCCCGCCCUUUGACUCAAGUACAAAUUACGCUUAAUAGACAGUAAGGCCAUGAUUAGAUGAUGGCGUACUGUUCGUACAACA